AAAGGGCUGACGGAGAAUGUGAGUGUGACGGACCUGUGGGCAGGAGUGAGACUGGGGACACCACGCUGCUGAAAACACUGCUUUAAAAAUACUCCACCGACUACUACAAAUAGACUUAGAACUCUUUCAGAAGUGGCUGAAAACUUUGGAGGACAUUCUGCUGCGCGCUUUCGGUCCGUCCUGCUCCGGCCGACCUGAGCGCGUUUCCUCCGGGAUCAACCAAAACAACAGCACGACUGGAGAGGCAACGGGACACUUGAGCGGCGCUGAGAUUUAUUUUGAUUUUUUUUUCUUUCUUUCUUUUCUUUCUAUUUUUUUUUUUUUUUAACAGACUGCCACGGUCAGAGGGAACCGAAACAGGAUCCGCUCUGGUUCCUACCUGUGGAUAAUCGCAGUUUCAUCGCCUGUCGGAGCCUUACCAAAAAGUUUCAGCUCACAGCUUGGGGUUUUUGCGCUGUGGAGAUGCGGUGAUGUGGUCUGGUGAUUUUCACAAGAUGUGUGCUUUUAUGAUGCAGCGUAUUUUCAAAGGUGCUCUCCUCAGAAGAAAAACAAUGUGCAGCUCUAAGUGGUCACUGGUCCUGCUUACGGUCAUUUUAUUCGCAUGGAGGCCAGUAGCUGCCGGCGAAGUGACAGAACUGCAGUUUGUACGGAGCCCCACGACUGUCAUCUCCUCUCUGGGCAAGCCUGUGACGAUGCACUGCUCCCUGAUGGGCAAAGGGGGCGAGGAGGAGGACCCCCCCGAUGUGCUGUGGCUGAGAGACGGCCUGCCGCUGGAGUACGCCGACACCAACCAGGUCCAAGUGCCCAUCGGCAGUGACAGCUGGAUGGUCAUCAGCACACUCAGGAUUGAGAAGGUCCAGCUUCCUGACAUGGGCUCCUAUCGCUGUGCGGUGCUAUCAGAGAGCCACAGGACUUUGUCCGACGAGGGGAAUAUCCAGCUGGAGGGCCUGCCUCAUUUCUCUGUGGAGCCCGAGAACAUGUUUGUAGUGGCAAACGUAUCGCUGAGCCUGCACUGUGUGGCCCACGGCCCUCCAGAACCGGUGCGGGUCAUCUGGCUGCAGGAUGGGGCGCCUCUCAACACCCUGUCGCACCCCGUGGCCUUGUCACCCUCCACGCUCAACCUCACAGGUUUGAACAGGACCAGCACCUUCUCCUGCGAGGCUCAUAACCGCAAGGGCGUGGCCACCUCUGGCUCUGGCACCAUCACAGUUCUCCCAUCCCAGCCUCAGAAUCUACGGGCUGUAGAGAUCACACAGACCAGUCUGCGCUUAUCAUGGCAGCUUGGUUUCGGAGGCGACUACCCCAUAAUCCGCUGCUCUGUCCAGGCCAAGCGUUCAGGAGAGACCUUCGCCACAGGCCCAGAUCAGAUGAUCCACAACCAGAACGUGAACGUCCCCCCGGCCACCCACCUCAUCGGGCACCUGGAGCCCCACAGCCCCUACGCCGUCAGAGUGGCCUGCCACAGCAGCCAGGGGCCCUCUGACUGGUCGCCCUGGGUGGAGCUGAGCACCAAAGAAGGAGUGCCAGAUAGCCCCCCCGUCAACACGAGCGUGGUGCUAAACGGGACCGAGGUGCUGCUGACGUGGGAGCCGCCUCCGGGAAAGCUGAACGGGGAGCUGAAGGGCUACAUGCUGGAGUACAGCACCCCCAACAUGGAGCAGGCGCUUGUGGAUACGGGUUUGGACACUGAGCUGUCAAUCAACCUGUCUGCCCCCCUGUCCAACGUGUCAUUUCGGAUAUGUGCCUACACAGGGGCGGGGCGGGGGCCCUGGACGCCCCUACAGACCCUGACCCUCGUUACUCCCGGAAUGGAGAAAUCCAGAGGUCUGUCCUCGCCCCCGGCCUUUUCCUGGCACUGGUGGUAUGUGGUGAUGGCCAUAGCUGGGGCCGUGUCCAUCGCUGUGCUCAUGGCUGUGUACGUGGCCAAGCUGCGGCGCAAGGAGACGCGUUACGGAGAGGCGUUUGAAUCCAUGAUGGAGAGCGGGGGGCCCGUGGUGAGGUAUCGCGCUCGCCGCACCUACAGCCGCAGGACGACAGAAGCUACACUGAACAGCCUGGGCAUCAGCGACGAGCUCAAGCAGAAGCUGCAGGAUGUGAUGGUGGACAGACAUAAACUCACCCUGGGAAAGACCUUGGGAGAGGGGGAGUUUGGCUCCGUGAUGGAAGGGCUGCUGACUCAGGAGGAGUCUGUGCUCAAAGUCGCUGUGAAGACCAUGAAGAUUGCCAUCUGCACGCGAUCUGAGAUGGAAGACUUCCUCCGUGAGGCUGCCUGCAUGAAGGAGUUUGACCACCCCAACGUCAUGAGGCUGCUAGGUGUGUGUCUGCAGACAGUGGAGAGUGAAGGUUACCCCUCCCCCGUCGUAAUCCUGCCCUACAUGAAGCAUGGAGACCUGCACAGCUACCUGCUCUACUCGAGACUGGGAGACUGUCCUGUGUACCUUCCAUCUCAAAUGCUGGUGAAGUUCAUGACUGAUAUUGCCCGGGGAAUGGAGUACCUCAGCAGCAAGAACUUCAUCCACAGAGACCUUGCUGCUCGCAACUGCAUGCUGAAUGAGAACAUGAACGUGUGUGUGGCGGACUUUGGCCUCUCCAAAAAGAUCUACAACGGAGACUACUACAGGCAGGGGCGUAUCUCCAAGAUGCCUGUCAAAUGGAUUGCCAUCGAAAGCUUGGCUGACCGUGUCUACACCACUAAGAGUGAUGUGUGGUCAUUUGGCGUCACCAUGUGGGAGAUCGCCACACGAGGCCAGACGCCGUAUCCCGGUGUAGAAAACAGUGAGAUCUAUGAUUAUUUGAGACAGGGCAACCGUCUCAAGCAGCCUCCGGACUGUCUGGACAGCAUCUAUGCGCUGAUGUUCUCCUGCUGGCUGCUGAGCCCGAAGGAUCGCCCAGGGUUCGAGUCACUGCGCUGCGAGCUGGAAAAGGCACUUGAGGAUCUGCCAGACCCCCAGGACCCUGACGAGAUCCUGUACGUCAACAUGGAGGAGUCUUCCUCAGAGCUCGGGGCUGUCGGGGGCCGUGACCCCAUCAGGGGACCGUCCCCUCCCUGUCUGAAGGUUCUGGACUCGGUGACCACAGUGGAGGUCCACCACCCCAACCGCUACGUCCUCUGCCCCCAGCACGAGACCAACCGCGCCCUCUCCGAGUCCCUUGAGAGCCUGGACAUGCCCGUGUCCUCCUCCACGGCCACGCUGCCUCUGCAGCUGUCUUGUCAGUCCACGCCCACUCAGACCCCAGCGCCGACCCCAACAGUAGAGCUGCUGGAGGACAGGGACACGCGCGGCCCCAGGAAAGCACCCUGGCAGUGAUGUCUUCACCCUCGUCAAAAGACGUAAGACCGUUCACUGCCGACGUGUGCCAUCCCUUCACCACGAAUCAGAGAACCAGCCUACACCUCUGACUAGAAUAAACUCAACGUGCCCCUACAUACAUGUUUUGCACAAAUACACACACGGCCUAAAGCAUUCCAAGGAAGUGAGAGAUUGGAAUUAUGUUCCAACACCGACCUCUCACUUCUGUCGUCUACAAUGCGUGCAUAAUGAAGUGAGUGUAAAUUUUAUUAGUUGAUUGCUGUAGUGGGAGGAAUUCGAUUCCCAGUGAGCAAAACCAUUUAGAGCACAAAUCAGCUGUUGCCCACAGACACUGCAGCACAAUCAGAGAAAUUAAUUUGUGGUCAAUAUUGCAAUAAGGUGUCACCUCUGCCCAAUCAGUGUAUGAAUGCAAUGUAGUGAUGUCUUACAUGUAACUAAGCUAAAAAGUCAAAUGUAUCCAUAAAACCAGCUCAGACACUGCCAUACCGCCCAUAGAAACUGAACAAACUGGUGAGCCAACACAGGAACUUGAAUUUUUCCAGUGAAUGAGCACCAACACAGAAGACACACACCGACGAUUGAGCGGUAUUUGGGACAACCUCACCCAUGGGAAUCCCUGCUUCUGUGUAAUUUAGAGCAGAAAUAACUGCAGGACCGAUGGGAACUCUGAGGGAGAGAAAGAAAGGGAAAAAGUAGCAGUUGUCUUCCAUUUAAAACAGUGCUGCUUUUGAAGGCCGAUACCAAAAUUAGCUAAUAUCUCAUGCCAAGUGUUCGGUGUUUCCCUCUGAAACAGCACUCAGACCGUCGAGGGCGUCACGGCACCCGUUCAGCGGUACAAGAAACAGUGUCGGCCUUAAAAUGAAAAACCAAUGAGAUUAAAUCCCACUUCAGGUUUUACAGUUUUUUGUAGCUGUUGUCUGGGUGGAACCUCCAUCAUAUCAGCAGCGGACUACACGACUGGCCAAUGUCUGAUAUUUAAUAAGCUAAUAUCAGCCCAAUAUAUUGAUCGAAGCCUGUA